AAUCCGUAUAGCAAACAUGUGUGAGGCCGCGCUCUUCACUCAUGCUGUAAACCACCUCGGUCCGCAGACUUGCAUAGUCUGAACAUUGUCUGUGAUCGUUGGUGCCAGUCCUCGGGCGAUGAAUUGCGCAGAAGAGGAAAAAGAAGAAAGAGGGUGUUUCGAUGUUGCUGCCUUGAGCAAAUUUCCAGCAGCGACCGAGCUCGUGCCCAUCCCAUCUUUGUCCAUGCCACCCGGUCAUGGAUGAGCCAUCAGUGAAGAGAAAUGCCUUUCCCUGACAAACCCGUAGCUCACCUGCUAGGGUCCAAUGGCCCCGUACACGCGUUGGCCUACUCGGCCUCGCCAGGAACAUACAUCUUGGCUGGAUCUUCGGACAGGUCAAUCCGUCUCUACAACCCCGCGCCCACGACAGCUGUGCACCCCCAGUCCUCAUACAUCACCCAGCAGCAGUCACAGUCCCAGCCCCCCACCCCCCAAGGCCGCCUAAUCCAGACCUACAGCGCACACGGCUAUGAGGUGCUCUCGCUGUCCAUCAGCAGCGACAACGCGCGCUUCGCCUCGUCGGGCGGCGACCGGACGCUGUUCCUCUGGGACGUGUCGACGGCGCAGACAAUCAGGCGGCUAGGCGGCAACCAGCAGUCGCACACGGCGCGGAUCAACACCUGUGCGUUCGCGGGCGAGGACGACACGCUCCUGGUCUCCGGAUCCCUGGACACCAGCGUGCGGAUCUGGGACCUCAAGUCCGGUUCGUUCAAGCCCGUCCAGACGCUGACCGAGGCCCGGGACAGCGUGUCCGCCGUCGUGGUGCGGGACGCCGAGAUCAUCGCGGGGUGCGUGGAUGGGCGCGUCCGGACCUACGACGUACGCAUGGGACGCUGCGUGUCGGAUGUUAUCGGGCCGCCCGUGACGUCGCUGUGUCUCUCCAAGGACGGGAAGGCUGUCUUGGUCGGUGCAUUGGAUAACAAGGUGCGGUUUAUGGAUCGGAGGGAUGGGACUUGUCUGAAGACAUAUACGGGUCCUGAAUUCCGAAACGACGGGUUGCGAAUCCAGAGCAUUCUCGGCGGCAAGGAACAAUAUGUGCUUGCUGGCGAUGAGAUGACCGGCGAGCCUAAUCAGAAUGGAGAUGGUCGGUUGUGGGCCUGGGACACUGUAACGGGGGAUGUCGUUGCCAAAGUUGGUAUCCCAUGGGGUCCUGCCGGCUCAGAGCCGAGAAAGAAACUCAUCGGGAAGGACGGGAAGGAGAAGGAGCGCAGUAAUGUCAUCAGUUGCGUGGCAUGGAGAGAAAACGGCUUCGGGGAUCAGUAUUGUGUAGGCGGAACAUCAGGGGUUGUGACCGUGCUCGGAUACCAUUAGGUCUCCAGACAGGUUUGGCAAUGACUAUCAAUAUAAGUACCAAGGACAAGUGUGCCUCAUCAUAUCUUGAACAUUUUUAUACAAUUUAUCAUAUCGC